ACUUAUACUUCUUAAAAUAAAUUAUUAUUUAAGAAUUAUUAAUAAUUUGAAAAUAGUUAUUAUGUAGUAAUAUAGUAUGUACAUUAUGUUAACGAGCAAUAGUAUCAAUUAAGCAUAGUAAUUACCAUGGGAUUAAAUUCUAAAGUCUAUGUAAUUUAAGUUAAUAAAAAGGGAAAAAAAGGCAUUUAACAUUAGAAGGACGGAAUGUGAAAAAAACAGCCCUUUUAAAAGUUCUAAAAAAUACUCAAUUCUUAAUACUUAUCAUUGAUACUUAUCAUUAGAGUGAUUUACAUUCAUCUUACAAUGCAUACUAAAAUUAUUAAUGAGAAAAUUAUUUAUCGUUAAUUUUUUAAAAGUUUGAGCUUUUAAAGGGAACAAUUUGGUCUUCUCUGUCUUUCUUGUGUUAAAUAAUACCUUGACAUAUUUUAUUUAAAUAAUCCCGAGAAACUGAAGUGGUAAGCUGAUACUUAAUUAAAAACUUCACGUGCUCCUAAAAUAUGCAAGUUAGAAAUAACAGUCGACACGUUUCAAGCGCUCAAAAAUAGUCGCCCAUUUUCAAGACUAGAUGUGAAUAUUCACGUCUGGCAAUUCUUGAAAAUGAGUGCCUGUUUUUAGAGCUCAUGAAACAUGUUAUUUCCAAUUUGGAUAUUUGUGAAUCGAAUGAAUUUUUUUUUAUCAAGUAACUCUAUAGAUUUUUUCUUGUAAAUUAAAUUGAUGAAUGUAUUAUGAUAAAUGAUUUUAUUUAAUUCACUUCAAAUUAAUGACAAAUAUUUUUGCAUUAUGUUUAUCUAGGUAUUUGCGAUCCAUAUAUCAAGAGACUAGUACCCAAAACAUUCUAUAUGUGCUCAUAUUGUGACUUUUCAUCACCUAAAAAGUCUAAUCUUCAGAGACAUGAAUUGAUUCACUCUGGUUUACGUCCAUAUGUUUGUAAGGUUUGUGGUAUGGCUUUUAACAGGCAAGAUAGAUUGAGACAUCAUCAAAUUUUGUCUCAUUCAAGAAACGUGUUUAAUCUCAUAUUCAUGUGUAAUUCUGUUUCACCAGGCAAGAGAAGCUCUCCUAAAUCAACUAAAAUUUUCUCCUGUGAAUGGUGCGAUUAUUCUACAAUUAUAAGAUCUCAUUUAAAAAGGCACAUACUGAUACACACGGGGGAAAAACCUUUUCAAUGUUCAGUGUGUGGAAAGUGUUUUAAUCAAAAAUCCAUUCUUCAACGACAUUAUGUUGUGCAUAUGAGAGAAGUUGAGCAACUUCACUAUUAUUUUAUGGCAGGUUUGCGAGGUAUGAAUCUGGAAAAAAGACCGGUUGUUGGAAAAGGUUGUAAGAUUUACGUUUGUGAAUAUUGCAACUACAGCACUCUCAGAAUCGGGCAUUUCAAGCGCCACAUUCUAAUCCACACUGGAGAGCGACCGUUUUCCUGUGAUCUGUGCGGUAAAACCUUCACCCAGAAGUGUAAUCUCAAAGUUCAUAUGCUUGUGCAUAUAGCCAAAAAAUGACUGAGAGUAGGCUGUUGUGUUAUCAUGUUCCAAG